AUGGCCACUUUUCUGCAAUAUCGGGCUAUUGGCCAAAGAGUAAAGCAACAAUUUAGCCUCGUGUCGGAAAGCCGACGAACGAUCUUCACCACUCGGAGAUGGUAUGUCUUUAUUGUUGAUUGGAACGAUCCCGAUGACAUCUCAAACCCUCGGAACUGGCCAGACUCACGGAAAUGGACGGCUACUGUUGUGUCGCUCCUCGCGCUCUUGGUCGGAGUGUGCGCUCCGAUUGAAGCACCCAUUGCGGAGCUUGCUGCCCACGAUUUUGGAGUUUCUGAGAUUGUUGAAUCACUCUCAGUCGCGUUGUUUCUAGCAGGCAUGGGCUUUGGUGCUCUAGUCGCAGGUCCCUUUUCAGAAGUACUGGGCAGGUCAGGGACUUAUACAGUCACACUUCUGCUCAUGUGUAUCUGGCUGAUGGCCUCGCCGGUAUCGCAACAUAUUGCACCGCGCCUAGUGUUUCGGUUUCUGGGCGGCUUUUCUGGCGCGGCCCUUCUCGUGUGCUCUGGUGGUACUAUUUCGGACUUGUGGUCACCGACAGACAGGACAUUCCCCUUUUUGUUCUUUGCUAUCGUUGGAUUCGGCACGCCAGCUUUGGGCCCGGUAUUCUCUGCAUGGAUCCCCAACUCACCACAUCUUCAUACGUGGAGAUGGGCUGAAUGGGUUGCACUCUUGUUCAGUGGUGUCGUGUUCAUCAUCCUAUUGACGUUUCAGCCCGAAACAUAUUCGCCUCUCCUGCUAUCAUGGAAAGCGAGGCAUCUACGAAAUAUCACCGGAGAGGGACGUUACCGCGCCCGACAUGAGCUCGACAAGAUACGGCUACCUCAGCGGCUAAGGUUGGCCUGCACUAGGCCUUUCAUCAUGGCUUGGAAUGAGCUGACGAUCAAACUUGCUUCACUCUACCUCUCUUUCGUUUACAUUGUUCUCUUCACUUUCUUCGAUGGUUACCCAACCAUAUUCCAAGAAACCUACGGUCUUUCGACUGGUAUGACCUUCACAUUGUUGGCUGGUAUCACAGUCGGCGCCGCGUGCACAGCAAUUCUCGGUCCCAUCGUACAUAGGAAGAGCGUAGCAACUAAAAAAUCUACAGAACAGGAGUCGCCGUGUGUAGAUCCAGCCUCGCGGCUUUGGUUUGCGAUGUUGGCAGCUCCAGGUCUUCCCAUAUCUCUGUUCUGGAUGGGUUGGACAGCUUUUUCAUCCAUCUCAAUCUGGUCGCCACUUGCAGCUUCGGUUCUCUUCGGCUUCAGCAUCACUGGGAUUUUUAUUGGAGUUUCCAUGUAUAUCAUAGAUGUAUAUGCCCGUUUCGCAGCGUCGGCUAUGGUAUUUACUUACCUAGCUCGAUACCUUGCCGCGGCUGCAAUGACUGUUGUUGGGAUACCUCUUUACGACAAUGUUGGGAGGCAUUGGACUCUGACGUUGUUGGGAUGCAUCAGCGUCAUUCUGACGCCUCUUCCUUACAUCUUCUUCAGGUUCGAUUCUGCUCUACAGAAGAACAGCAGUUUCAUGACCUAG